UGACGUCGCUGAUCGGCCCGGAAGCGCUCACACGUGUGCUCACUGCCCUGCUCCUGGCCCUUUGGCCGCCCGGGCUGUUUCUGGCCAUGGGUCGCUCCCGCCGGACAGGCGCGCACCGAGCGCACUCUCUAGCCCGGCAGAUGAAGGCGAAGCGGCGGCGGCCGGACCUGGAUGAGAUUCACCGCGAGCUGCGGCCUCUGGGACCCGCACGGCCCCAGCCCGACCCAGACGCCGAGCCCGACCUCGACCUGCCAGGGGGCGGCCUGCACCGCUGUCUGGCCUGCGCGAAGUACUUCAUCGAUUCCGCCAAUCUGAAGACCCACUUCCGAUCCAAAGACCACAAGAAAAGGUAUGAAGGAGUAAGGAGAGGAUUGAUGGAUGGGUGCUCAGCAGAUAGGGCUUUCACCUGUCAUCUCCCAACUCCUGUUUUUCUUUCUCCCAGGCUGAAGCAGCUGAGCGUCGAGCCCUACAGUCAGGAAGAGGCGGAGAGGGCAGCGGGUAUGGGAUCCUAUGUGCCCCCCAGGCGGCUAGCAGUGCCCACAGAAGUGUCCACUGAGGUCCCUGAGAUGGACACCUCUACCUGACAUGGCCUGAAGAUGCAGGGCAGAGGAGUUGCCCAUGGACAGUGACGCAAGGACUAGGCUGGGAGGGAGCGUGCCAACCCCUUUUGGCUCUGGGUUUGGGGAACGGAGGGCCUCUUCUGGGUGCCCUGCCCCCAAUAAAGGAACUGGACAAAGAGA